AGGGAAGUUGCUCUCUAGGCUGGAAGUGGUUCGGUGUCAACGAGGCCGGCGGUGAAUUCGGAGAGAAGACGCUGCCUGGUACUUGGGGUACGGAAUUUAUCUUCCCGGAUACAUCUACCAUUACCACCCUCCGCGGCCAGGGAUACAACACCUUCCGCGUUCAGUUCAAGAUGGAGCGCAUGACUCCCAACUCCCUAACGGCAGGCUUCAAUACCGCUUACCUGGCAAAUCUCACAACCGUCAUCAACCACAUUACCUCAAGUGGAGGCUGGGCUGUCUUGGACCCCCACAACUACGGACGGUUCUACGACAACAUCAUCACUGAUACUGGUGCUUUCCAAACGUGGUGGAAGAACUUUGCCACCCAGUUCAAGAGCAAUGAUCAUGUCAUCUUUGACACCAACAACGAGUAUAACACUAUGGACCAAACUCUCGUUCUUAAUCUGAACCAAGCAGCCAUCAACGGCAUCCGCGCGGCAGGAGCUACUCAGUACAUUUUUGUCGAAGGGAAUGCGUGGUCCGGCGCUUGGUCGUGGGUUACGGUGAACGAUAACAUGAAGGCCCUUACCGACCCCUUGAACAAGAUCGUUUAUGAAAUGCACCAGUACCUCGACUCAGAUAGCUCCGGUACUUCAACAGCGUGUGUUUCUACGACUAUCGGUGUCGAGAGGGUCACUGCUGCCACGAAUUGGCUGCGCCAGAACGGCAAGAUCGGUUUCUUAGGCGAGUUCGCUGGCGGAGCCAACACCCAAUGCCAGACCGCCAUCAAGGGCAUGCUCGAUUACCUCAAGGCCAACUCAGACGUGUGGACGGGGGCCAGCUGGUGGAGCGGAGGCCCGUGGUGGGGUGAUUAUAUCUACAGUUUUGAGCCUCCUUCUGGUACGGCUUAUGUAUAUUACAACUCCAUGCUGAAGGGGUAUGUGGCGUGAGACUGUUGGAGAUAAGGCUCAGGCUCAGCCUUGCGCGUUAUUUGGCCCAAGGAAGCUGCUGAGGGGAAUUAUAAACUGGAUUUAGGGCCAUGCUUACGCCUGUACUUCGCUGUAGAUAUUCAUUACGUAUGAACCAUUCGAUUCUCACCC